UCCGCAAGAAGGCUGAGAUUGAGAUGGACUACUCUCGCAACCUGGAGAAGCUAGCCGAGCGCUUUCUAGCCAAGACACGAAGCACUAAGGACCAGCAAUUUAAAGACAUGCAGCUGCUUGGUUAAUUGCCUGUCGCUGUCUUCUCCAACUGCGAUUUGCUGAGUGUUGUGCACUUUGAGCAGGCUGCGCUCUUGGCUGUGGCCCGGUGCCUGUUGCAGAGCAUGUUGGGAAUGGAUGAAAGCUAAGUCCUCAAGUAUUUGGAAAUGAAAAUACUAAUAUUUCUCCCAUUUGCAUAGUGUUUUGUGUUGCUAAAGUUCUCUCGCAUCCAUCAUCUCAGCUGAUCUACAACAACAGCCCUGCGGAAGGGCAAAUAAUAGACUGUAGACCCAGAAGGAAACCUCAGAAUAGCAGUGCAGAAGCUCUAGCCAUCCGAGCAUCAGGCUUGUGCUCCAAGGGCCUUAAAUGUAGCUGUGGUUAAUUAAUAGCCAUCCGUACUGGAGGAGCUUCUGGGAGCUUAGCAGUGAUCUAUUGAAGCUGUGUCAGGAGCUAGGUGGGCACUGUCCACUCUGUAGAUGAGCUGGUAGGAAAUUGGUGGGACAAGUGUCUUUGUAUGUGAGCUUACUAAAACAACUAGGAGAUAUGAGGGGGAGAUAGUAUUUAAUAUACAGAUUUUAUGAUCGAGGGGCUGCUUUUUAUCUUGGUCAUCUUAGAGAUCUUUUUAGUCAUCUGUUCAGAAGUUUUUGAGCAUCCAUAGGUGUAAUCUCUACUGAGGGAGAAAAACUGGGCUCCUGUCUUCAAACUAAUGUUAGCGGUUCAGUUGUGCAGGUUUCUCUCGUGUGGUACCUUUGUAGUGACAAUCUCUUUUGUAGUUGUACACUGGCUUGUGACUCUCUGGGUUUCCUUUCUUUUGACUAAAGUCAUCUCUUAUGCAGCACAGUGGUAUUUUCUUGAUCUUCCUCCUGAAUUUUUUUAAGUAAGGAAAACACUUCUGGAUACUUUGUUUGCUUUUUAGGGAUGGGUUUAAGGAGGUUCACAGCUGUGUUCCAGCACAGUCCUAAGAGACGCAAACCCUUUUAAAUGUCCAGGGAUUGUACAGCCUGAGACUUGGGGUUGGGGACAGGAAAGUAAAGACAAUGUACUAACAAAUGUUAGAUGGAAAAGAUAUAUAGACAGAUUUUAAUCUCCUAAACAAAUGAAGUUCUCCCAGUUUCAUUGGCUACAAAUCAAACAAGCUGCAGAACUCCUAGAGCAGGAGGCCGUCCUCUCAGAGCCUUGCUACUCUCCUAGGAAAGCAUGUCUGACUGGCUUGCUUGUUUUCCAGCCUGAAGAGUGUUGCGGCUUUGUUCUUAUCAGCCAGGAAAAUUGCCUGUGUAGUGUACUUACUUCUCCCUUCUCCACAGUCUCUUCACCUUUCUUGUCCUGACAUGGCCUGAAAAGAAAAAGCAUCUAUUUGUAUGAGAAUAGUGUCUGAGAAAUAAUUCAGAUUUAUAGAAUCCAGACACUGCGUUAAAAGCUAUAGUACUAUUAAAAGACUGCAACUCCUGGAAGAAACGAGGUAGCUGUUGAUACUGGCUUGUGUCUGCUGUUGUCUUCUGCGGCAGGGUCCUUCUGUGUGUCUGUCUGGUCAGCCCACACUAACUUCAGAUUCUGACCCUUACACCUCUACCCUGGAUUCGGGGAUUAUAGCCACCGUGCCUGGUCAUAGACUAGACAGACACAGAUAGAGAACACGAUAUUUUUAAACUACAGCGUUUUAGAGUUUAUCAGAAUCAGUCAUUAUGAACGAUGAGGCUGUGUUUAUGAAUUAAGAAUAUUGAUACCAGAAUUAUGACUAAAAGUAGUUUUCUGUAGUUUCCUCAUCACCUUUAUUUCUGUGUUUGGUUUAGAUUCUUCACUAUUAAUAAAGUCCUGCAGGAUAGAGAUAUGGCUCAGCCGUAGAGUGUUUGCCUAGAAUGUACAAGGCCCUGGUUCAAUCCACAGACGCUCUUGCCACGCCUCCAAUUUUUUUUAAUAGGAAGGACCAGAAUGUUCUCUCUCCAGUCAACUGCUGGAACCUCCUCUUAAACCAGGUGAAGCGGGAGAGCAGGGAUCAUACCACCCUGAGUGACAUCUACCUGAAUAAUAUAAUUCCUCGAUUUGUUCAAGUCAGUGAGGACUCAGGAAGACUCUUUAAAAAGAGUAAAGAAGUUGGCCAGCAACUCCAGGAUGACUUGAUGAAGGUCCUGAACGAGCUUUAUUCGGUCAUGAAGACAUAUCACAUGUACAAUGCUGACAGCAUCAGUGCUCAGAGCAAACUAAAGGAAGCAGAGAAGCAAGAAGAGAAGCAAAUUGGCAAAUCAGUAAAGCAAGAGGACCGGCAGACCCCUCGCUCCCCUGACUCCACGGCCAAUGUCCGCAUUGAGGAGAAACAUGUCCGGAGGAGUUCAGUGAAGAAGAUCGAGAAGAUGAAGGAGAAGCGACAAGCCAAGUACACAGAGAACAAGCUGAAGGCCAUUAAAGCCCGGAAUGAGUAUUUAUUGGCUUUGGAGGCAACCAACGCAUCUGUCUUCAAGUACUACAUCCAUGACCUGUCUGAUAUUAUUGAUCAGUGUUGUGACCUCGGCUACCAUGCUAGCCUGAACCGGGCUCUACGCACUUUUCUGUCUGCUGAAUUAAAUCUGGAACAAUCAAAACAUGAAGGUCUGGAUGCUAUUGAAAAUGCAGUGGAAAACCUAGAUGCCACCAGUGACAAGCAACGGCUCAUGGAGAUGUACAAUAAUGUUUUCUGCCCCCCUAUGAAGUUUGAAUUCCAGCCCCACAUGGGAGAUAUGGCCUCUCAGCUCUGUGCCCAGCAGCCUGUCCAGAGUGAGCUGGUGCAAAGAUGCCAACAACUGCAGUCUCGCUUAUCCACUCUGAAGAUCGAGAAUGAAGAGGUGAAAAAGACGAUGGAGGCCACCCUGCAGACCAUUCAGGACAUCGUGACUGUUGAGGAUUUUGAUGUAUCUGACUGCUUCCAGUAUAGCAAUUCCAUGGAGUCUGUCAAAUCAACUGUCUCAGAAACGUUCAUGAGCAAGCCCAGCAUUGCUAAGAGGAGAGCUAACCAGCAGGAGACGGAACAGUUCUAUUUCACGAAAAUGAAGGAGUACUUGGAGGGUAGGAACCUCAUCACUAAAUUACAAGCCAAGCAUGACCUCCUGCAGAAGACCCUGGGAGAAAGUCAGCGGACAGACUGUAGUCUUGCCAGGCGAAGCUCAACCGUGAGGAAACAGGAUUCCAGCCAGGCAAUUCCUCUGGUGGUAGAAAGCUGCAUCCGGUUUAUUAGCAGACAUGGUAAGCAGAAAUACAGCUUUGCUCAUACCUUUGUGCAAAAAGUUAGAACUUCAAAGACUCCUUUACAAAACAAUAGCGGUAGUUGGAGCUGGAGAGAUGCUUCAGUGGUUAAGAUCGCUUGCUGCACAGCCAAGAGGACCUCAAUUCAAAUUCCCAAACUGCCAUAACAAGAAGAGCCACAUCUUAUGCACAGCUGUAACUCUAGUUCUGUGGAAGGCAAAGACAGGAGGAUCUCUGGGGCUUGAUGACUGCCACCCUACCCCUAAAAAGAAUCCUAUAAGAUCUAGGUUCAGGGGAAAGACACUGACUCAAAGGAGUGUGUCAAAGGCAGAGAGUAUUAGAAUAGAGAACAACCAACACUGUCCUCUGCCCUCCAUAGCUACACACAAGCACAUGUAUACAUUAUGUGCAUAUACACCAGAGAGAGAAGAGAGAGAGUGCUUUCCCAUCCUCACAUUCUGAGAAAAGGAAUAAGUCUUAACUCAUUCAUGUACUGCUGGCUCCCUCAGAAAGACCGUGUCUACCUGUUUUGUCCUAGCCACUUACCAUGCUUUUCUGUAGCUCCAGAGUUUUAAAUCCCAGCAGCCUUGUGAAGAAGUGCAGUUAGACCAUGUGGUUGUGGUGGUAAUGGACCUGUAGUUAUAGUCUUGGUGUAUGUAGGUACCUUCCAUGGCAUAGCCUAACCAUUUUGUCCCAUUAGCUGUACUGGGAUGGUUUGAAACAGUUUCAUCUCUGAUGUUGCAUUGAUUGUGUAUAUAAUAUUUGGAUUUUGUUUUAAUUUGGCCUCACUGGAUAUAGUGUUCCUAUGAGCUCCAUAACUGUUGUAAAGUUGUAUCCAACUUUUGAGAGUCCUCAGGGACUGGCUCUUUCUCAACAUUAGUCAAGGUGUACUUACCCUUCUGCUUGGGCAAAGCCAAGAGAUUUAACUCUGUUCUUUACCAGCUAAUGGCCUCAUUAGACAGAUUUAAUAAUUACCAGCAAGUUUAUUUUCCAAAGGUGAGAAUAUUUAGAAUAUCUAUACUGGACUUUAAUUGUUUAGAAACCACAUCAGAAAUAGUUUUUAAAUACUUUAAAAGGUCAUAAAAUGGCCAUCCUGGAGCUAAAGAAGCCAGAUAUUGCUUGUCUAAAUUCCAAGGAUCUUUCUAUUCUACAUCCUCUUCUCCCUAUAAACUGGGACAU